AUGGGAGGCGAUGAUUCAUUGUGUUUGGACGAGCCUCAGGAUGGAUCGACUUCCACCCAUUUGUGGGGAACCUGGGAGCUUUGGUGCGAUCUAGCACAGAACAACCCCCACCACGGCGCCGCGGACGCACCCUCCCGCACAAACCCCUCCACCGUCAGCGGGAGUUGGCUGAAUCAGAUCAAACACAUCGGGAUCUUCGACAACGCGGAGGCCUUUUGGGGGCUGUGUAAUUGCCUUUUGCUCCCUUCACAGCUGCCCGGGAAUACGACGUACUUCCUCUUUCGCAGUCAUAUCAUGCCGAUGUGGGAGCAUGAGGCGAAUCGUCGUGGUGGGAAGUGGAUAGUAACCUUUUCUCACCCCCCUUCCCACGUACCCGCCGCGGGUAAGGACGAGGCGAAGGAUAUGAAAGCAACGGAUCGGAUGCUCCCCGUGGAUGUGGCGUGGCAACGGCUGUGUUUGGCUGCGAUCGGGGAGUUAUUUCCCUGUGAAGAGGUGGAGAUUUGUGGGGUAACGGUGAAUCGAGUAAAAGCCCGUGUGGGAGGGGGGGGGACCAGCUAUGCGGAGUGGAAGGUCUGCGUUUGGACGCGAAUGGCGAGCGAGGAGGCCACUCAGAUGGCGAUCGCGCAAUUUAUAAAGGAACUGCUCGUGGGGAAUACGAUCACCGAUCACGGGAACGCGCCCGUUGCGUCGAAUACUCCGGUUUCCUGCCAGGAAGGGGGGGAAAAGGGGGGUGUCGCGCGGAUGACAUUGAAUUUUAUGCCUCAUCGAGAGCUGAUGGAAGCGAAGCAGUGCCAUGCUCAAGGGGGUGCGCGCGCUCCGAUCAUCAAACCCAAGUAUACCUUAGAUUUAUAG